AUGACGGCUCAAACUCACUUGAACCCGGUUGACCAAGGGCAUGGCCACUCCAGGGCCUUAGAAAACGAUGUCCCCAUGCAGGGUGCCGGCUUCUAUAAUGCACACUCGGCCCUCCAGGCGGCUGCCAUGCAUCGAGCGUUGCCUCUGUUUGAUACCAUUCCGGUCAACACUGCAUCUGAACUGUUUACCGUCGUCGAGUAUGGUUGUGCCCAGGGGGCGAAUUCACUAUUGCCGUUCAAACACAUUCUCAAGCUUCGCUUCUCAGCCGAGAAUGCAAACACACACGAAGCCCAUCUGAUCCUCUCAGAUCGUCCGGGCAACGAUUUCAACACCCUCGUGCAAACCAUCAGCCAGGCAGAGUGGCUCCCUGAAAUGCCCCAACGGCCUACGAUAUUCACAUCGAUGGUGGCCAGGAGCUUCUACGACCGCGUCGUCCCGGAAAACACCGUCGACGUCGGAUUCUCCCUGGCGACCCUACAUCAUCUGGAACGAUCGCCUUCAUACACUCCGGCAUCUAACAAUGCAGAUGAGAACCAGGAACUGAACCGACAACAGGCACACGAGGACCUCAUUCGCUUCCUGUCUCUGCGCGCUCAGGAGCUUCGACAAGGUGGUUCUUUGGUCCUCUCCUUCGUGAGUCAAUCAUCGACAGGAGUCCCCAAUUACCCUGACCUGGUGGAUGCUUGCCGACAAGCCAUGAUCCAGAUGGUCAUGGACGGGAGGAUUUCCCCCCAGGUGGCCGGCGCGUUCCAUGUUCCCACCUACGAUCGGACGAUAGAGGACGUUCAACGGUCUCUGGCCCACGUUAACCAUCUCUGGCAGACGGAGGAGCUCUUCGAGGCGGAAAUCACCCAUCCCGCGUACGAGCAGCUGCAGCAAGCAAAAACUCGGGGCGUCGAGUCUGAAACUGCAAGCCGAUCGUACGCGGAUACCGUGGUGGAUUGGAUGAUGGCUGUCAUCGCGGGAUACUUUGCCAAAGCGUUGCAAGUGGCGGCGUCCGGACUGGACGAAGGUGCCCGCGAGGGAUUGUUGGUGGAAUGGAGCAAGCUGACUAAGGAGGUCUUUCUGCAGCAGCACCGUGAUAGUCGAGUGAGCUGUUGGUUUAUUUUUGUCAAACUCCUUCGUGUUUAG